CAGGCUAAGUGCUAGCCUGAGCCGGCUCAGUCCUCCUGAUGCCGACGAUGCUGGAGAGGAACUCGGAGGCUCCGGUGAAGAAGCGGGGCCGAGCCCCGGCCAGCAGCGGCAGCGGCUACCCCGGAGGAGCGGCGAACAACGGCAGGAAGAACUUGUCCGGUAAUGAGACCAGCACCAUCAGCUGCUGGGAAGAAGGAAGUUCAGGCUCCAGCAGCGACGAGGACCAUGGUGGAGGAGGGAUGCGCGUCGGACCGCAGUACCAGGCCGUGGUUCCGGACUUUGACCCGGAUGUCGCCAAAGCAGCUCACCUCAGAGACAACCUGGGGAUGCUGGUUUGGAUCCCCAGCAGCUGCCUGAACCAGACUCAGAUGGACGAGUACAUUGCCAUCGCCAAAGAGAAACACGGUUACAACAUGGAACAGGCUCUUGGGAUGCUCUUCUGGCACAAGCACAACAUCGAAAAGUCUCUGGCCGACCUGCCGAACUUCACUCCGUUUCCUGAUGAGUGGACGGUGGAGGACAAGGUCUUGUUCGAGCAGGCCUUCAGCUUCCAUGGGAAGAGCUUUCACCGCAUCCAGCAGAUGCUACCUGAUAAGUCCAUGGCCAGUCUGGUGCGUUUUUACUACUCCUGGAAGAAAAGUCGCAGUAAAACCAGCAUGAUGGACCGACAGACCCGGAAACAGAAGCGGGAGCAAGGCGACAGUGAUGAAGAGGUGGAGAAUGGGAACGAAAAUCCUUCCAGCGACUCAGAGAUGGACCUGAAUAAAGACAAGAAGGAGCCGAGUUCUGGAUCCGAGAAGCCCGAGGUGAAACCACCGCCUGGUCUAAAGACAGGAGGGAAGAUGUCCCAGAGGAUGAAGAAACGUCCUCCCAGAGGAAUGUUCCUCAGCCAGCAGGACGUGGUGUCUCUGUCCUCUUCCACUGCUCAGGGACUCACCAGACAGCUGGACAGUCAGCUGGUGUCCAUAAAGAGACAGAUUCAGACCAUCAAGCAGACAAACAGCGCUCUGAAGGAGAAACUCAGCUCAGGAGUGGACGAGUUCAGGCAACCUGAGGCAAAUCAGAAGUUCAAUAAUCGCUGGACCACAGAGGAGCAGCUUCUGGCCGUCCAAGCUAUCAGGAAGUACGGCCGCGACUACCAGGCCAUUUCAGACGUGAUUGGCAACAAGUCCGUGGUGCAGGUGAAGAACUUUCUGGUGAACUACCGGCGAAGGUUUAACCUGGACGAGGUCCUGCAGGAGUGGGAGGCGGAGCAUGAAAUGGAGGGUGGAGACGUGAAAGCAGAGGAGGAGAAAAUGAUGGAGGACAACAUGACGGCGUGCGCAGCUGAAGACGAAGAGGCUGCUGGCAAGCAGAAGAAGGAGGACUCGUCUGUUCCGAUGGACUCGGAGUGACCUCUAACCUCCAGAGAAACCAGCCUGACACCUGACCCCCAGCCUCCUGGAGGAUUGCUUUCUUUAGUCGUCUCUUUAUUAUUUUGGCCCUCUUGUUUUUCAGUUUUGCUUCUGUUUGCGUAUGUCACAAAGUCAUCCCCAACCUCUAUGGACCAAUUCAUACUUAAGCCAUCAGUUACAGUAAGGACUGUUUUUUGUUUUGUCACAUGACGUUUUGAAUUGUUUGUGUUUUGGGAUCUGAGGUGCAGGAAGAAUUGGACGAAGGUUGGGUUGCGUGGGGCUUGUCAUGUUCUGAUUAGCUUAUUGCAUUUUUUAAAGAUUUUUUAGAGGG